AUGCGCCGCCUGUUCUCCAUGACGCUGUUGCUGCUGGUGUUGUUGACCUCCGGCUCUCAGGCCAACAGACGCGCCAAAAACCACAGAGGGGGGAACCAGCAGAAGUCCCGCCCCCCCUCCGGCUGCUCUCCUGCAGAGACUCGCUUCGGGACCUGUGUCCCGGAUCAGGGGGACUGCGGGGACGGACUGAGGGACGCGGAGUGUCUGGACCAGGUCCACAAGAUCCACUGCAGGGUGGCCUGCAACUGGAAGAAGGACAUCAGUGACUGUAAGUACAAGUUCUCUCCGUGGGGCCCCUGUGACCCCGCCACCAGCACCCGCAGCCGCUCCGGCAGCCUGAAGAGGGCGCUGUUCAACGCCCAGUGCCAGAGCAGCGUGACGGUGUCCAAACCCUGCUCCGCCCGGGGCAGGAAGGGCCGCGGUGAGGCCGCGCACACACACACACACACACAGAAACACUACACCGACUGA